UGACGUUCAACUCCGGUGUUGAUGCGUGUGCAUGAGAAACGAAAACCAAUUUUGGUAGGUCAUUUGCAGGAGAAAUAAAUAAGCAGACAUUUUUAUUCACAUUUUGCACGAACAGUCGGACACACGAUAUUUGUUGGCAUUAGUUAUGGAUAUGGAUCCAGGCGAAGGUACAUCGGAUGGCCGUGUGAAGCGUAAAGUAAACAACAUCGAAGUGGAAAUCAAACAAGAGCCCGGCAUCAAAGAAGAACCUUUGGAUGGCAGUGAACUUGGUUUGGUGACACGUUUGAAUGAAAGAUUUGCAGCAGAUGCAGAGACUGCGACAUCGAACAUCGAAUUGGUGGAAGAGUCUGAAUGGGAUUCUGAUCUCGACUUUGACUUGAAUGGUGUGAAAGAGGAGGUGAAGUGUGAAGAAGAAGAAGAACCAGCUAGUCAUGACGAUCCACAUGUUGAACCAGCGGUCCAAUCAAACGCCAGCCGCAAGAGAAUAAAUUCGGACAGUAAAGCCAAGAAACACGAUAGAUCAAGAAAGCAAAACAAUCGAAAGAUUCCAAGGAAUAAGGCAGCAAGGAAACGAACGGAGCACAAAUGUCGUGUUUGCGAUUAUGUUACACCGAAAAAAGGGAAUCUCACCGUACACAUUCGUACUCACACAG